UAAACACAGAGCUUCAUGUUGGGGCUUUUCAAAAUAAAAUCCAUGGACUACCACGAUGUGUUGCAUGCGGGUUAAUGAAGAGGUCUCCCUUCCUUCGCGGUUCAUCUGCUUUUUCAGCAGACUUGACGCAUCUAGCGUCGUGCGUCGCUGCGUCGCCGGUAGAGGAGGCGUUGGCGCAUCGCGCUACUAUUGCUGCUGUUGCUGGUGGUGCUGGUGCUGCUCCCGCUGCUGCUGCUGACACAGAAACCGGCUGUCCUGCACUGAAACAGGGGCACACAACCAAGACGUUCCGGUCACCAUCUCAUUUGGAGGGAGCCGCCUUGUCGUUAAAAGUUUCACUGUUAGAGAUCACUCACCAGCUUGAAAAUGAUCAAGAACGGACAUCACCACCACCAAGUGAACACAGCAGCCGGGAAAGACGCAGGGACGACCCCCGGCGCUGCAGCUUGCAGUCCCGAGAAGAGGAGGAGAAGAAUCCGGGUGUGGUGCGAUGGCUGCUAUGACAUGGUGCAUUAUGGACACUCCAAUCAGCUGCGACAGGCCAAGGCCAUGGGAGAUUACCUCAUCGUUGGAGUACAUACAGACAGUGAGAUUGCAAAGCAUAAGGGUCCACCAGUCUUCACUCAGGCAGAAAGAUACAAGAUGGUGCGGGCCAUAAAAUGGGUGGAUGAGGUCGUGGAAGGAGCACCUUACGUCACCACCCUCGGGACCCUUGACAAGUACAACUGUGACUUCUGUGUGCACGGAGAUGAUAUAACACUAACAGUGGACGGUAAGGAUACAUACGAGGAGGUGAAGAAGUCAGGACGGUACAGGGAGUGUAAGAGAACCCAGGGAGUGUCAACCACAGAUCUGGUUGGCAGGAUGCUGCUGAUGACCAAAGCACACCACAGCAACAUUGAUAGUUCAGACUAUCAACAGCACACAGACAACUUUGGAAAGGGGUCGCAUGGUCAGAAGGGCCAUAGUCCCUGGACGGGAGUGUCUCAGUUCCUGCAGACUUCACAGAAGAUCAUCCAGUUUGCUUCAGGCCAGGAGCCUCAACCUGGAGACACCAUCAUCUAUGUGGCAGGAGCCUUUGACCUCUUCCACAUUGGCCAUGUAGACUUCCUGGAAGCAGUGCAUAAGCUUGCCGAAAAGCCAUACAUUAUAGUGGGGUUGCACUUUGAUCAGGAGGUGAAUCGUUACAAAGGGAAAAACUACCCCAUCAUGAAUGUCCACGAGAGAACGCUUAGCGUCCUGGCUUGUCGAUAUGUGUCAGAAGUGGUGAUUGGUGCUCCCUUUGCAGUCACAAAAGAUUUACUGGACCAUUUUAAGGUGGAUCUUGUUUGCCAUGGAAAAACAGAAAUUUACCCUGGAAAGGAUGGAUCUGACCCUUAUGCUGAGCCCAGGAGGAAAGGAAUCCUGCGCACUGUUGACAGUGGGAACAGCCUCACCACAGACGCCAUUGUGCAGAGGAUAAUCAAAAACAGGUUACAGUUUGAAGCAAGAAACCAGAAGAAGGAGGCUAAAGAAAUCGCUGUGAUCCAGGCCAUGAAGCGACAAGAGGAGGAAAAGACUAAAGAAAGAGCCCAGGCUGUGCUGUAGGAAGGCCCCACAAAGGCACCAUCAACUAAGUGUCAUAACACCGACAAGCUCACUUAAUCUUAUCUCAUGUACAGUUAAAUCAACCCUUUUAUAAAUGUUAUGACACCCUCCACACAAAAUCUGGGCUAAUAACAGCAGUCUUUACAGCAGCCCGUUUGUAGCCAGUCUGCUGUGGGAUCAUCAGGUAUACAAUUUGUGUGUGUGUGUGUUUGUGUGUGUGUGUGUGUGUGUGUGUGUGAGUGUGUGUGUGUGUGUGUGUGUGUGUGUGCACGCGUGUGUGUGUGUGUGUGCACGCGUGUGUGUGUGUGUGUGUGUGUGUGUGUGUGUGUGUGCGUGCGUGCGUGUGUGCGUGGGUGCGUGCGUGCGUGUGUGCGGGGGGUCCUCUGUGUAUUAAUAUAUUCUGCAUAUGCAACUACAUGUUCAUGUCAGUCAAAAAAAUCAGACAUACAGAUAUGUAACUAUUGAGUUUUGGACAAAACAAUUAGAACAACAAAAGUUAGAACAAGGGAGAUAUCACGUCUUCUUCAACUGUCUGUUUUAUGUCUUUGGAUAUUUUUAAUUCCUCGAGUACUUUUAUUUUUUUGAUUUAAAAAAUAUUAAAUUUUUAAAUAUUAAAUCAUGGGAUUUGGGCAUAGAAGGAGCAAGUGUGGGUGGGGACCUGAGAUGCUGGUCAGACAUUGAACUAUAGCAAGAAAGAGAUUUGAUUUGUUAUUUCCAUGGGGCUGUUGCUGCUUUCUGCCCAUCGAUGGGCUUAGCCCCACAACUGAUCUAUCUUUGUAUAUACUGUAUGUACUGUAUGUAUGUAUUAUAAAGUGAUUACAGGCUCUCUGGAGGAUUAGGGGAAAAAGGUUCCCUCUUUCUCUGGUUCAAACUUGGGUUGCUUGGAAGUGAGAAGAUGGACUCUUUUGGGACCUCAUGUACAGCCUAUACCAGAUCCUGCUCCAGACUGCACAGACUUCUCAGAAAUCAUCAGAACUGUUCUGUUUGUAUUAUUAGAGCAGGUUUUUAACUCAAAAAUGCACACUGUUGAGACCUGCAUGCCUGGCCUUUUGAGUGCAAUUUUUUUUUUUUUUUUUUUUAAACCAACACUCCUUUGAUUUAUCCUAAUAUAGAGAACACUACAGAGUUUUAACAGACUGCUUUUAACCUUUAGUUUUCAUAGUAUAAUGAGGGAACAAUGACAGAUGCUCAGUGUUGUGAACUUGACCAUAAAAUAGACCUCUUACUGUCAUUUUUGAGCCCUGAACAAUUUAACCUCUGUCUCUCUAUCAAAUGGGAUUAAAUAAUAUAUUUUUUGUAGAUGUAUAUUUUACUCACCUUCUCUCCAUUAACUACUGUAUAGAUUCAUAUUGUUUAAAAAGCAUAAUAAUAUAUCUGUAUGUCAAGUUGGAAUAUAUUCAGUGUAGGCUAAUCUAUAUGUUAUUGACAACUCCCGGUUGACAAAUACUGUAGAAACUGAUGGGACUACAGUAUAUUAUUGCUGACAAUAAUAAGAAUUUAAUCUGAAAAGCUG